UUUUAGUAAUUAAUAAUUUGGUAAUUUCAAUAUUUUGUUUAUUUUAAUUUUCCGGUAUGAUGCUUUCUUUUAUUUUUCUUUACUUAUCAUUUCUUAUCUGAUAUUAACAUUAUCUUCAAAACGAUAAGACACAUUCAGUGCGUAAAAUUUAAGUGUUGAACAAAUUUAUUCAUUGAAUUAAAUUUUCAAUGUAGCUAAAAAUUGAAAAGAAAUUGUUUAUUUUCUUUUCAUUAGUCUUUAGUGUGUUAAAUAAGAAAAUGUCUAUUUUUAAGCGACUUCAUCUCGACGAGGUGAUAACUUCAAUACCAGAAUUAGGUCCAACAAUUCCAGAUGGUGGAAAUUCGUGGCUUGUUCUUUUUGGAAUUAUGAUUGUUCAAAUGACAGUGCCUAGUGUAUUGUCGAUGUAUGGAAUUGUUUUGGCCCAUUUGGUCGAAAAUAACAGAAAACUCGAUUUCUAUGUAUGGAAUGAAAAAAUUAUAGUGACACCAAUUCUUAUGACUGCUUGUUGUUGUUUAGCAGAUCCUUGGACGAGGACAAUUGUGAGUUUGGCAUCGGUUCCUCGGCUGAUGGCUCUGAUUGGAAUUGCUCUUCUGUCGAUAGGAAUUCUGGCUUCUGGAUAUCUUGCGACCGGUGGCGUUGGUGCAUAUUUGGCGAGUCUGAGUGCAGGAGCAAUAAUGGGAAUUGGAGCGAGUUUUGUGAUGAUACAGAGUGAAAAAAUGCUUGAAAAACACUUUAGAAUAAAAUUACCGCUCGCAUCGACUUUAAUUAAUAUUUCAUUCACCACAGGACUUGUUAUUGCUCCCUUAGUGGCUUUAGCAUUAUUCACGAGAUUAGGCAUUCAGGCUGGUCUCAUGGCUAUGGUUUUAUUCUUCUUUCCCACUCUCAUCGCCAUUGGAUUUCUAAAAGCGCCUGGAAAGAAAGUAUCUUCGCCAUAUACACUUCUCUUCGACGACGAAGAAGAGGCAGGACCCUCCUUCAGAAUGGUGGAAGAUUUAAGAGGAAAUUUCCCCGAGGAUGGAAAAAAUACAGAAACUCCUCGUGGUAUUUAUGCGGAAGGUGGGACUGCGUACAGUUACGAUGAUUCAGAUGACAUCAAUCUCUUUCUAUCGUCAUCGAGUAAUAAUAAUCGAGCCAAAUGGAAGGAGAGUUUACAAAUUUUAAAAUUGGCUAAAUUUUGGCUAUCGAUUAUUGCUUGCGUUGGAAUGAAAUCGGGGAUGAUGCUUUUUUGGAUUCUUUUACCGCCUCUUGCCGUCAUGAAAAUUCCAUCGACAAAUCUUCUCAGUGCUGUAAUUCUUUCCAUAAUUGGCGCAUCUGGUACCCUCGUUGCCAGCAUCAUCUCUUAUUGGAAUCCAAGUAAUGCGAGGAAUCUAAUUUUUGGAUUUUCCAACUGGAUUUGCAGUUUUGUUCUUAUAGGACUAACUUUAAGUGAGUAUUAUUCUUUAUUCGUAUUUUUUGCACUCUUUGGAGGAAUCAGUAUUGGUGGUUUAGUGAGCUGUCAAGAAUUUGCAUUUCAAAAUACCUUAGGUUCUCAUAUUGCUUCAAAAGCACGUGCCUUACUUAAUACGUGUGUUGGAACUAUAAUUUUACUUCUUUGUUUAAUUCAAGAUAUGUAUUUGUGUUUGAGAGUUGUCGCAAUAAUUCAAUUAACAAGUGGAAGUUAUUGGGCCCUAUUUCCACUUUUUGGUGCAAUAAAAGCAAGAUGCAGGUGAUUAAAUUGAUAAGGUGUUCCACUUAUUCCUAAUAUUAUUUAAUAGUGGAAAAUUGUAAUUAACCAUGACGAAUAAUUUUUAACUUUAAAUUAUGAAUUGUCCAUUAAAAGCAAAGUUAGACUUUAACAAUUUUUAAAUUCAAUUACAAAAGUGUUAUUAAAUACUUUUCUUUAGUAAGUAAUCUUAAGAUUUGUACAUAAAUGUUUUUAAACUGUGAAUAUAUAUAUUUAAUUUGUAAAA